CCACUGUGAGGAUGCUGGGCUCCGCAGUUUCCAUGGAGCUGAGACUUUGAGUUUCCUGGUCUGACAUGAUGGACAGGAUUAUGGCGGGCUUUGGAGUGCUGGGUGACCGGGAGGAGAGGUGCCUGCCUUGUUUGAACCCUUCGGACUGGAAGCGUCUGUCCGGAUUCCAGGCUUCCGGUGGACAGGAGUGUUCCGGACAUGGUCCCCAGAGGACCCGUAUGUUUGCGUGCACUCUGAGGAUUUAGCUGUGUCUCACUUUGUCGGACGCUGAGCUGGGUUUGUCGAAAGGCGGAUUUCUAAGAUUACCUAUUUGUGAACAGUGUGUGUUUUGGAGAGCUACUCACACUCACAGUUGAAUGAUGUCAGAGGAUCUAGCAAAACAGUUGGCUAGCUACAAAGCUCAACUCCAGCAAGUAGAAGCUGCUCUGUCUGGAAACGGAGAAAAUGAAGAUCUGUUGAAAUUGAAGAAGGACUUGCAAGAAGUUAUAGAACUGACCAAAGACCUUCUGUCAACUCAGCCUUCGGAAACUCUUGCAAGUUCAGACAGUUUUGCCUCUACUCAGCCUACUCAUUCAUGGAAAGUAGGAGACAAGUGUAUGGCAAUCUGGAGUGAAGAUGGACAGUGUUACGAGGCGGAGAUCGAGGAGAUCGAUGAAGAAAAUGGCACCGCUGCAAUCACCUUUGCUGGUUAUGGCAAUGCUGAAGUCACUCCGCUGUUGAACCUCAAACCCGUAGAAGAAGGAAGGAAGGCAAAAGAGGACAGUGGCAACAAACCCAUGUCAAAAAAAGAAAUGAUUGCCCAGCAACGUGAAUAUAAGAAGAAAAAAGCUUUGAAAAAAGCACAGAGAAUAAAAGAACUUGAGCAGGAAAGAGAGGACCAGAAGGUGAAAUGGCAGCAGUUCAACAACAGGGCUUAUUCUAAAAACAAAAAAGGCCAGGUAAAGAGGAGUAUUUUUGCUUCGCCAGAAAGUGUAACGGGCAAAGUUGGAGUAGGAACUUGCGGAAUUGCUGACAAGCCUAUGACACAGUAUCAAGAUACAUCUAAAUACAAUGUCAGGCAUUUGAUGCCUCAAUAAUCAGAAAAACUGUUGGAUCUCAUCUCUGCAGGGCUUUACAUUUACCUUUUUAUUCUUAUAUUUUUCUAAAGGUAAAUUAUUUGCUAGAUGAGUAAGGAAGAUACAUUGUUGUCAUUGUUUGGCUUUGGUAGAAUGAAACUUGAAGACAUUUGAUAAUUGCUCUCAUUUAACUUUUCAUUACUACUCACCACAGUUCCCUCAGAGUUUGUUGAACAAGGCAACUUUUCCAGGUAGACGCUGCUUCAAUCAGCACUUAGAUGACUUAGUGUACCUCAGGCCCCUACUUAACUGAUGUUGAGUAGACAUUUUGUAAGUCCUAAUUUGGAGUUUUCAGGUGCUUUGCACUUGACAUAUCCCAGCAGUUCAUUGGAACAUCAUGGCAAAAUGCCAACCUGCUAAAGAUAUCUUCAGUUUGAUGAUAACCUGGCCAUUGUCCAGACAAGCCCGAGCAUGGGUUAAUUUAUAAAUGGCAGGGUUUAGUUUGAGGUUUUUCCUUGAAUUCUUUCCUGGGCCUGUUAGGUCACUUCCAUAAUUGACUCACCUUGUAUUUUUUGGUCAUUGAGUUUGAAUUUUAUAUUAAAAAACAAACCAUGUGUAGAAUGUGCUCCCCUUCUCUCGUGUUUAUUUGGUGUUUUGUAUUUUUUUUUCUUUGUUGAUUUUUCACUUGUAGUGCUUCCAUUUUGGGGGGAUGUGUAAUGUUUAUAUGGGAAAACAAAAAGCUGAUGUAUAGCCCUGUAUACAAUGUAGAUACUAUUUUUGUAAAAAACCAAGGCUAAAUUAAUGAACAAGAGUACUGAAUGUUUCAUGAUUAAAUUUUCCUGUAUUUCUUGUGCAUUAAUAUGACCAUAAUUUCCCUGUAUAUUAUGUUCAUGUAGCUGAGUUUGUAAUUUUUAUUAACUAGAUCAAGUUGCCAACAUUUGUUGGUAUAAGUGAGCACCACAGUUAUCCCAAGUUGAGUUUAAGCCAAAAAACAGAUAGAAAAAGGGUCUUCCUGUUAUUGGAAGAAGACAAUUUUUAGGGUGUGUGUUAAUUUCAGUUUUGUAUGUUUAACUUUAAUAAAUAAAGUGUUUUUAAAUCUCCA